UUCUUAUUACUCCAUAAAUAAACCAGAAAAAAAAAUAGAAAAAAACUAAAAAAAAAAAUAAAAACGAGACCUUUGCCCCUUCCCCCAACUUAAAUGUUACCCUUAUCAUCGUCCUCUUCUUGUUCUUCCCACCUGUAAAAAAUAACAAUCUCCAUUAAAGCUUCAAUCUUUAUGCUUUCUUUCACUUCAAUGGCAUAAAGAUUUAAGCUUUGUAGCAUCUGACUCCAAGAUUCCCAAAACCCUCGUAAGAUCUCCUCUAAUUUUCACAAAUUAUUUAAUAUUUUCUCAAAAUAUUAAAUAUUUCUCAAACCCCACCUCCCCACAUGUAUGUUUUGCUGGUUGUCUGAUUUGGAUUGGAUCGCAAGGGCCUUGUAAGUAUAAUAUUUCGGUUAUUCUGGUGAGGGCUCAACACUCGACACUCAACACUCUUGAUAAUUAUAACUUAUAAGCUUUAGGUUAGCGAUGGCGGCAAUUGACGUUACAAAAUACUCACACAGUCCUACACAUAAAGCUGUAGUAACGAGAGAUUACACCGCCCUGCGAAAAAUAAUCGCGGGUCUGCCUCGCCUCUGCGACCCGUCGGAGAUUCACAACGAGUCGGUUUCGCUAGCUGAGGAAGCGAAAGCGGAAGCGAUUUCCGCGGUGAUUGACCGGCGUGAUGUUGUUAACCGUGACACCCCGCUUCACCUAGCGGUUAAGCUUGGUGAUGUUACGGCUACGGAAAUGCUCAUGCUUGCUGGUGCGGAUUGGAGUUUGCAGAAUGAGCAGGGGUGGAGUGCGUUGCAAGAAGCGAUUUGUAACCGUGAAGAGACGAUUGCGAGGAUUAUUGUUAGACAUUAUCAACCGAUCGCGUGGGGGAAAUGGUGUAGGAGGUUGCCUCGGUUGUUAGGAACGAUGAGACGAAUGCGUGAUUUUUACAUGGAGAUUACUUUUCAGUUCGAAAGCUCGGUUAUUCCGUUCAUUUCCCGUAUCGCCCCUUCGGAUACUUACAAGAUAUGGAAACGUGGUGCGAAUUUGCGGGCGGAUAUGACGUUAGCUGGAUUUGACGGGUUUAGAAUCCAACGGGCCGAUCAAACAGUUUUGUUUCUCGGUGAUGGUUCUGAAGAUGGUAAGGUUCCAAGCGGGUCCCUGUGUAUGAUUUCGCAUAAAAACAAAGAAGUGAUGAAUGCUUUAGAUGGCGCUGGUGCACCGGCUUCCGAUGAGGAGGUGCAGCAGGAAGUCCAAGCGAUGUCAUCGACGAAUAUUUUCCGGCCCGGGAUUGACGUCACGCAAGCGGUUCUUUUACCGCAAAUUACAUGGAGACGACAAGAGAAAACCGAAACCGUCGGUGCGUGGAAAUGUAAAGUGUACGAUAUGCAUAAUGUGGUUGUGAGUAUAAAAUCUAGGCGGGUCCCGGGUGCCAUGUCGGAUGAUGAGUUUUUUUCAUCGUGUAACGAAAACGAAACAGAAAGUGAAGAGCUUAACGAUAUUUUAACAGAUGAAGAGCGGAAACAACUUGAAGCUGCGUUAAAGUUAGAUUCUGCGGAUCUUGGCCAUGAAAAUAACGGGAUAAUCGGGCAUCGACAUAGUUGUUACGAACAAAGAGAUAUCCCGAUCCCGAUCGAGGAAACACCUAGCUACAAAAACGGUGAGAGUAAGCAUGAAAAAGACAAAAAAGGGUGGUUUGAUGGAUGGAGAAAACGCGAUAAUAAUAACAAUAAUAACAAACAUGAAAAGGGUCGAAAGGGUGCGGGUGCACCGGUCCCACCUCGUGGUUCGUUAUGUUUAGAUGAGAAGGUUAGCGAUCUCCUCGGGGACUCUCCAUCCACAAGUCAAAGUCAAAGUCAAAGUCAUAUUCAUCCGGGAAGGCAUUCACUCGAGAUUACUCUUAAAGAAAAUGAAAACCGGAAAGCAAAAGAUUUGAAACCGUCUUCUUCUACACUUUCGACCGCCAGUAAACGAAAAGACGCGGCCCGUGAAAACGAGUAUAAAAAAGGGUUGAGGCCUGUUCUUUGGCUUGCACCGAAUUUUCCGUUGAGGACCGAAGAACUAUUGCCUUUGCUUGAUAUUUUAGCGAAUAAAGUCAAGGCGAUAAGACGGUUACGCGAUCUGCUUACCACAAAACUUCCGAUGGGCACGUUCCCUGUUAAGGUUGCGAUUCCGGUGAUACCCACCAUACGGGUGUUGGUUACUUUCACAAAGUUCGAAGAACUACAACCGUUGGAUGAAUUCACAACCCCCCCUUCAAGUCCGACAAGCGGUGAUCAUGAUAGCCUGUCAAUGACGAAUCAGUCCGCACCAUCUUCAUCUUGGUUUCAGUGGAUCAAAACUCCGUAUCACCGUGCCAACUCAGCAUCCAACGCGUCAAGCAGCAGGAUCGAAACUAUUCCCGACCCGUUUGCAAUUCCUGCCGACUACACAUGGAUCAGUGCUGAAGCGAAGAAGAAGAAGAUGCAGGAGAAGAACAAAUCAAAGAAAGGAAGAAGUCAAAGUCAAAGUCAAAGUCAAAGUCAAAAUCAGUAGUCAAAGAAUGAAUUGGAAGGUGCUUGACAGGUAUACCAAGCCGGUAAGAUUAUUUUUAUUGAAAUCUUCACUAAUUUGCGCUAGUUUAAGAACGAAAUUUGGAGCCGCUUUGCUCUCAAGUAAGUUGUUAGGUUGAGACUCCGGUAAAUCAUUGUGGGGGGUAUAAAAAGUUGAAAUUGUGAUUCUUGAAUUGCUUCGUAACCGUUGUUGAGUUUGAUUGUUUGACUUUGUGGUCAAUGCUUAUUGAAUUUCUUUACUUGACGUUU